GAGAGAGAGUUUUAUUUAGGGAAAAAAACAGGAAUAUUCUAAAAAUGGUAAAAUAUUACAACAAUACUGUGGGCCGGCCCAAUCAACAUUUGUACAGCCCAAAAUGAAAAUAUUACAAAAAUACCACUUGCCCUUACCUUCAGCCGCACGUCACAAACGGAGAGGAUGAAUGAAGCUCCAUCGAUGCAGUCGGCCACGCAACCAGAAUGAAACCAGAUCGAACGUAAAACAACUGUAAAUCCCGUCGAAUUUCAAUAGGAAACGAACAAAUCCAACGAUCUAAACAGAAAUUUUUUUAAAAAAAAGAGCAGGACAACCGUGGAGAAACUGAAUUUCAACAUUUGAUUUCGGUUUUUAUAGUGCAAUAUCACUCAAACGAUCGUCGAAAAUUCAGAUUGAAGCAAUGUAAAUCUGUAUUGAACAGAUCUGGAGCUCCCCCUCAAAUCCAAAAAAAAGUUGCAUUAUCGUUUGAAAAUGGUUUCGAAAUCAUGAAGAAGUGUUAUAUGACAAGUACCAAGAGCUAGCAUAUGUACAAGGAAUUUAUUGUGGAAAAGAUAGAGUACAGAACAGUUUGAGAAAUGGAAUCUGGACAGGAAACACAAUGCUUGAACAAAGGAACAGAGAUAGUAGAAAGGAAAGACAUUCCAUUCCUAGUCUUCUACAAUGGAAAAUUCGAUGAUCGAAUGAAUUAUGAAAAUUAUGAAGCCAGUGGACACUACAUUUCUGCCAAUUGUAACUAUGAAGAUUUGCAACAGAAACUCAAAGAUGCCCUGGAAUGCAACCAAGAAAACACUGUUUUGCAACUGAAAUAUCAAGUGAAGGAAGGAUACCAACCAUUGAGGAUAAAGGAUGAUCAAAGCCUGCAUUUCUACAUACAACUCAAACUGAAAGACCCCGACUUCACAACAUACCCAAUGUGUGUGAAUGUCAUCAACAACCCAACAACAACCAUCGAUGCAACAUUCUUUGGAAAUGACAAUUCAUUAAUUACACAUAGAAGCGCCUUCCAACCAAUCGAAUACAAUGCAGCAACAACAGAAGACUCAACAAAUCAACAACAUAUAAUUGAAGCAAGAGUACCGGAAUUUGGGGAAGAAAGUUUUGACUUCAUGGACUAUGCAAAACUUGUGGCAGAGGAAAUGGUUGAGCAACUGGAAAACAACAGAAAAAAGGAACCAGAAAUCACAGAUUAUGACGAACUACUAAUCACAGAUCCGCAUCAUCCAGAAAUAGAAGAAGCACAAAUAUACAAAGACAAAGAAACACUGCAGAGCGUGCUUGGUUUCUAUGCAAUUAGGAACAACUUCCAAUUCAGAGUUAAAAAAUCAUGUGCAAAAACAUACAAGAUUUGUUGUUUGGAUCCAAAAUGCAAGUGGGCACUAACAGCAUCCAGAAACGGGCCAACAAAGUCAUUCAUCAUUCGAAAGUACGACAGAAAGGUGAUACACACUUGUGAUCUAAACAUCAGAUUUGCCGACAAGAGACAAGCUACAACGAAAUUGAUUGGAAACUACAUCAAGCCACGGUUCACCAACAUAAAAACAACUCAAACGCCACAAGACAUCAGAGGAGAAAUGAAACACAAGUAUGGGGUAAGAAUGAACUACAUGAAAGCAUGGAGAAGCAAAGAGCACGCGCAAGAAGAAUUACGAGGAAAAGCCAACGAAUCAUACGGAGUUCUUGCCCGGUUUUUUGCACAUGUUGCAAAAAACUAAUCCCGGAACAAUAGUGCACAUGGAAACAGAGGAUGACAACAGCUUCAAGUACUUGUUUGUCGCACUGGAUGCAUCAAUAAAAGGAUGGAAGAAAUGCAAACCUAUAAUAGUUGUUGACGGAACUUUCCUUAAAUCAACAUAUGGAGGUACACUGCUCUCUGCUUGUACACAGGAUGCAAAUGGGCACAUUUUUCCACUAGCUUUUUCUGUUGUGGAUUCAGAAAACAACAACUCAUGGCAAUGGUUUUUCACAAAAGUGAGAGAAACAUAUGGGAUUAGAGAGGAACAGUGCUUGAUCUCAGAUAGACAUGAGAGCAUAAGUAAGGCAGCUUGUCAAGUAUUUCCAGAAAUCACACAUUGCUAUUGUGUAUACCACCUGUUAAGCAACCUAAAAGCAACCUUCAAGAAGAAUGCAAGCAAGCUGGAUAAACCAUUCUUCGCUGCAGCCAGAGCAUACACAGAGGAAAUUUGAAUACCAUAUGAGCGAGUUGGACAGCUUGGACAUCCGUGUAAGACCAUAUUUACAACAAGUUGGAUACCACAAAUGGUCAAGAUACCACUGCAAAAACAACAGGUAUUCAACUAUGACUUCAAACAUUGCUGAAUCUCUAAAUGCAGCAAACUUGGCAGCUAGAGAGCUACCAAUCACAACACUGAUGGAGUCAUUGAGAGCAUUGAUUCAACAAUGGACAUACACAAACAGGAAAAAAGCACAGAAAACAACAACAUUUUUAACACCUACAGCAGAAAAGAAAUUAGUCGACAACUUUGUGGAAUCAUUGACAGAAAAUGUAAAACCAAUAAACGAGACCAUGUUCGAAGUCAUUGAACUAACCAGAUCAUGGGUCAUCAACCUCAAGGAGAAAACAUGCAGUUGCAACAGAUUCCAACUUGAUGAGUUACCGUGUGCUCAUGCGCUUGCUGUUAUAAAAGAGAUGAACUUGAAUGUUUACAACUACUGUUCGGGUUAUUACACCACGCGAACAUGGCUUGAAACAUACAGCGGCUCAACAUAUCCGGUACACAAUCACACAACUUGGGAUGUGCCACAAAACAUAAAAGAUAUCAUUGUUCUGCCACCAAACCAAAAAAUAAGAUCUGGAAGACCAAGGAAACGAAGGUUUUUAUCUGAAUGGGAUACAAAAAAACAUAACAGGUGCGGCAAAUGUGGACAACACGGACACAAUCGAAAGACAUGCAACAAUCAAGCAAUAAAAUAGAUACAUAUGAAAUAUUUGAAUUGUUUAAUUUUGUGUGCAAAUUCAAACAGGUUGAUCUGUGAUGCUCUAAAUACAUGGGAUUUCAUUUUUAUGAAAUUUGAAACAGUUUUUUAAUAGUUUCAAAAUCGUUUUGUUACAGUUGCGACCCUUUGUAAAAUAUUAAGUACCGGAAUGACUUAUUGUUUACAGUUUUAAA